CAAUACCAGCUUAUUUGUCAUUGCAGCAACCUAGCGAGGGAGUUCAGGGUCCUUCCAAAUUCUUCUCAGGCAGAUCAUCGGUGUUUGCCUACAACUGCUCGCUUUUUGCUCCGUGCGACUGGUAGCAGAGUCCUACUACUCCUUUUGGUGGAAAUCAUCUCGAUUUGGUCUUCUGCAUCCAUAUCUAUCUUCACGAGGUUUCCAGCCCGACCUGACCAUGUGCACCGGGAAAUGUGCAAAAUUUAUCGGCAAACUCCUGUUCCCGUUAGGAAUCUGCGCAAUUGUUGCAAAUCUGCUGCUGUACUUCCCAAAUGGCAAAAUCCCAGAGAUGGAACAGAUCACAGAUUUUGUCUGGUUUUUCCAUGGCAUCGUUGGGGCUGGAUUAUUGGCUUUCCUACCAGCAUUUAUGAUGCUGGGUGCGGGUGGAGAAGGAUGCUGUGCAAACCGAUGUGGGAUGUUCCUGACUAUACUUCUGUCGGCACUGGGCGCCAUUGGAGGAGCGUACUGCGUGGUCAUCUCUGCAAUGGGUUUGGUUCGUGGACCUCUGUGUGACACUGGAGAUGGUGAAUACAUAUACCCCUUCAGGAAUGAUACAGACGAGGACAAUUAUCUCUUCCACCAUGACACGUGGAGCUUGUGUAAAAAACCCGAGAACGUGGUGCUGUGGAACGUUGUCCUUUUCUCCAUCCUCUUAGGGAUCGGCGCCAUUGAAACCGUCCUGUGCCUCGUUCAAGUCAUCAAUGGUGUCAUCGGAGUGAUCUGCGGCACAUGCUUGAGGAAAAGAAGAAUCAAUACUACUGAAGAGUGAACACGAAGACACCCUGCGGGCGAACCGCAUACCCGGAAAACCUCCAGUCCAUGAUUUUAAUUUUUUUUUAUUAUAGUGUUUGUACUGAUGUAGCAGAGCUGAAUUGGUUAAUGCAAUGGAGCAGAGAUUGUCAUUUAGUACAACCCGCUGUGAUAUCAUGAUGCAUCAUCUGCAGUUAAUGUGGUACUGCAGGUAGGUAAUGACUUAUCAUCAAGGGGUUGUCCUGUCUCGUGUAAAUAAAGUUUCAUUGUAUUGUG